AAACCCCACCAGUAGAUCCCCUCUCAAAACCUCUGUAUCACCCCCAGUUUUGACGACUGAAGGGAUGGGGAUGGCUUACAGCCUUCUUCUCAGCUUCCUUCUCUUGGCCCUUGCAACCUUGCUCUUCCUCAGAAAGCGCAAGAGGAAAUCCCAGGACGGGUAUCAGCUCCCACCUGGUUCCAUGGGAUGGCCUUACGUGGGAGAGACGCUUCAGCUUUACUCGGAAGACCCCAAUGUCUUCUUUGCCACCAAACAGAAGAGGUACGGCGAGAUCUUCAAGACGCACCUGUUGGGCUACCCGUGCGUGAUGCUGGCCAGCCCCGAGGCGGCGAGGUUCGUGCUGGUGACGCAGGCUCAUCUGUUCAAGCCGACGUACCCGAGGAGCAAGGAGCGGAUGAUCGGGCCCCGGGCGCUCUUCUUCCACCAAGGCGACUACCACAUGCGGUUGAGGAAGCUCGUCCAGGGCUCGUUGUCGCCGGACGCGCUUCGCGGCCGCGUCCCCGACAUCGAACGCAUAGUGAUCUCCAUGUUGGAAUCAUGGGUGGGUCAGGAGGUCAGAACCUUUCAUGCAAUGAAGAAGUUAUCUUUUGAUGUCGGUAUCCUCACCAUCUUUGGGGGCCGAUUGGACGAGCGGUACAAAGUAGAGCUGAAGAAAAACUACUUCAUCGUCGACAAGGGCUACAAUUCCUUCCCCACGUACAUUCCCGGGACCCCGUACCACAAGGCGAUCCAGGCAAGGAAACGUUUGCGCGGCAUACUGAGUGAGAUCAUGAAGGAGAGGAGGACGAAGGGAGUCACAGAGAACGAUCUGUUGGGCUGCCUCAUGGACUCUAGGGACGAAAGGGGGGAGCACCUCAACGACGACCAGAUCGCCGACAACGUCAUCGGCGUACUGUUUGCCGCACAGGACACCACGGCCAGCGUCAUGACAUGGGUGCUAAAGUUCCUCCACGACCACCCGAAGCUUCUUGAAUCUGUCAGAGCGGAGCAAAUGGUGAUCCAGCAGAGCAACGAGUUUGGAAGUCGACCCCUGACAUGGGGGCAAACGCGAAGCAUGGCUCUAACUCACAAGGUUAUAUUGGAGAGUUUAAGGAUGGCGAGCAUCAUUUCUUUCACUUUUAGGGAGGCUGUGGCUGAUGUGGUGUACAAAGGAUACCUUAUACCAAAGGGUUGGAAGGUGAUGCCUUUGUUCAGGAACAUACAUCACAAUCCAGAAUUCUUUCGAGAACCGCGGGUGUUCGAUCCUUGUAGAUUCGAGGUUGCUCCGAAGCCCAAUACUUUCUUGCCAUUUGGGAAUGGAGUUCACGCUUGCCCCGGCAAUGAGCUGGCGAAACUUGAAAUGCUCAUUCUGAUCCAUCAUCUUGUGACCAAAUACAGGUGGGAGAUUGUGGGACACCAAGGUGAGGUGGAGUACUGCCCUUUCCCGGUGCCCAAGCAAGGACUUCCGGCCAAGCUGUGGAGAGUCACCGGCGGCAGCGAAGAAGCAGGACAAGGACGUCCGCCUGCAUGAGCGAGAAAACCUGAUGCUACUCCAUUUUAACCUAUCCUGUAUAAUGAAUGAUCCCUGAGGGCUUCUCCCCCGGAAGAAGAGAGAGGGGUCGACUCUCCUCUGUUCCCCCCCCCCCCCCUAAUUUUUGUUCUCCAAUUGUGUUGAUCCUUCCAACAUAUAUUUUAAUUCAAUGAAAUGGAGUUCUUCUUUCUUAAA